AUGCCGCCCUCGAUUGAGGAGCUCGACGUGACCGUCCAGACCUUCUACGAAGGCCGCGGCGAGCAGCAAAAGGCUGCACAAGCAGCGUUGAACCAGUUCAAGGAAGACCCCGACGCAUGGCUUCUCGUGGAUAAGAUCCUGUCCGAUGCCACUUACCCGCAGACCAAGUAUCUUGGUCUCCAGGUGCUAGACAACGUGAUCACGACAAGAUGGAAGGUCCUGCCGCGGGAACAAUGCCAAGGCAUUCGCAACUUCGUCGUCAACUUCAUCAUCCAGUGCUCGGGGUCCGAAGAGUCCCUCAAGGCGCAGCGCACCUUGCUCAACAAGCUCAACCUGGUGCUCAUCUCGAUCCUCAAGCAAGAAUGGCCUCACAACUGGCCCACCUUCAUCAACGAGAUCAUCUCCUCCUGCCGGACGAGCCUGUCGAUUUGCGAGAACAACAUGAUCAUCCUCAGACUCCUCUCCGAGGAGGUCUUUGACUACUCGGCCGACCAGAUGACCUCGGCCAAGACAAGGAAUCUCAAGACCACCAUGUGCAACGAGUUCUCCCAGAUCUUUCAGCUGUGCCAGGAGAUCCUCACCACAGCCAACCAAGCCAGCUUGGUCAAGGCCACCCUCGAGACUCUGCUGCGCUUCUGCAACUGGAUCCCCCUGGGCUACAUCUUCGAGACCCCCCUGAUCGAGACGUUACGUUCGCGCUUCCUCGAUGUGCCCGAGUUCCGCAACGUCACCCUCCAGGUCUUCACCGAGAUUGGUGGCUUGACCACUGCCGCCCACGGCCAACCCAAUGCGUAUACGGAGCAGGUGGUCAAGAUGUUCUGCGACGUGCUUACUACUAUUGCUGGUAUCAUUCCGUUAGACCUUGACUUGAAGAGCACGUAUCCCCAGAGCAACUCGAAGGACCAGGAGUUUAUCCAGAACUUGGCCUUGUUCCUGUGCAACUUCUUUGGCCAGCAUGUUGGCCUGAUCGAGAACCUGCCCAACCGCGAUUUCCUUACACACGGUCACUUCUAUCUGAUCCGUAUCUCCCAGAUCGAGGAUCGCGAGAUCUUCAAGAUCUGCUUGGACUACUGGCUUAAGCUCGUUCAGGAACUAUACGAGGAGAUGCAGACUGCCCCGAUGCAGUCGGAGAUGAACCCGCUUCUGAGCCUGGGCAGCACAGGAUCGACUGCCGGAGCACCGAAUCCCAACCUUCUGUCCAACAUUCCGCUGCGCAUGCACAAGUUCAAGGAGGUCAUGUCCAACUUGCGAGUUGUCAUGAUUGAGAAGAUGGUUCGACCCGAGGAGGUCUUGGUUGUCGAGAAUGAUGAGGGAGAGAUCGUGCGAGAGUUCGUCAAAGAGAGCGAUACCGUUCAGCUGUACAAGACCAUCCGCGAAUGUCUGGUGUACUUGACACAUCUCGAUGUCGUGGAUAUGGAACAGAUCAUGACGGACAAGCUGCAACGCCAGGUCGACAACUCCGAGUGGUCUUGGCACAACUGCAACGUUCUGUGCUGGGCUAUUGGUUCUAUCUCACUGGCCAUGAACGAAGAGACCGAGAAGAGAUUCCUUGUGACCGUCAUCAAGGACCUGCUGGGACUCACCGAGAUGAAGCGUGGAAAGGACAACAAGGCCGUCGUCGCGAGUAACAUCAUGUACAUCGUCGGCCAGUACCCUCGGUUCCUCAAGGCCCACUGGAAGUUCUUGAAGACAGUCGUCAACAAGCUUUUCGAGUUCAUGCACGAGUCUCACGAAGGUGUUCAGGAUAUGGCUUGCGAUACGUUCAUCAAGAUUGCCCGCCAAUGCAGACGUCAUUUCGUGGCCUUGCAACCCAGUGAGAGCGAGCCCUUCAUCGAGGAGAUCGUACGAAACUUGCCUAGAAUCACCUGUGAUUUGAGCCCUCAGCAGGUCCACACGUUUUACGAGGCUUGCGGCUUCAUGGUUUCUGCCCAGGGGAACAAGCAUCAGCAAGAGAGGUUGCUUGGCGAACUGAUGGGUGCGCCUAAUGCGGCUUGGGAUGAGAUUAUUCGACAUGCGACUGCGGACCCGACUAUUCUACAGGACACCGAGACUAUCAAGAUCAUCGGCAACAUCAUGAAGACGAACGUUUCAGCCUGUUCUUCUGUCGGACCCUACUUUGGUCCCCAAAUCGGCCGCAUUUACUUGGACAUGUUACAGAUGUACAGGGCCACCAGUCAGCUGAUUUCCGAGGCCGUUGCCCGUGAUGGUGAACUCGCUCCUCGAAUGCCCAAGGUCCGCGGCCUUCGAACCAUCAAGAAGGAGAUCCUGAAGUUGAUUGAGACGUACGUCGACAAGGCUGAAGACUUGGCCGCUGUGCGCCAGCAGAUGGUUCCUCAACUUUUGGACUCCAUCCUGGUUGACUACAACCGCAACGUGCCAGGCGCCAGGGAUGCCGAAGUCCUCAAGGCUAUGUCAACCAUUAUCCAGAAGCUUACCAACCUGAUGGAGGACCAAGUGCCUAUCAUCAUGCAGAACGUGUUCGAGUGCACUCUGGAAAUGAUCAACAAGGACUUUUCCGAGUUCCCAGAGCACCGUGUGGAGUUCUUCAACCUGCUGCGCGCCAUCAACCUUCACUGCUUCCCUGCCCUGCUGAAGCUGGACAACCGACAGUUCAAGUUCGUCAUCGAUGCCUGCAUGUGGGCAAGCAAGCACGACAACCGCGAUGUGGAGGGCGCCGGCCUUAACAUGUGCCUGGAGCUUAUUACCAACAUUGCCGAGAAGACCGAUGAUGCUACCAAGAACGCUUUCUUCCAGCAGUUCUUCAUCACCAUUCUUCAGGAUGUGUUCUUUGUUCUGACGGAUCCCGACCACAAGGCGGGUUUCAAGACCCAGUCCAUGCUCUUGAUGAAGCUCCUCAACUACGUCAUUCCCGCCGACGGUAGUACUCCCAAGAUCCAGGGUCCUAUUUACACGGACCAGGCCCCCCAGGGGACGUCUAACCGCGACUUCCUCGUCAACUUUAUCGGAAAUCUGCUGCGCAAUGCGUUCCCCAACCUUCAGAUUCCCCAGAUCAACGUCUUCAUUGAAGGCCUCUUCACUCUGAACAACCAGUACGACAAGUUCCGGCUCAACUUGCGCGACUUCUUGAUCUCGCUCAAGGAGUUUUCCGGGGACAAUGCCGAGCUCUACGUUGUCGAGAAGGAGCAGGAAGCUCACGAGAAGCUCACGGCAGACCACGAGCGAAGGGCCAAGGUCGGCGGCUUGCUCAAGCCCUCCGAGAUCGAGGCCGAAGAUGAUGAGUUGUGA